AGACGGCGAGAGCGACUAUAUUCAUUGCGCCUGUUUCCAAUAUUUUUUUUUUUUUCCAAAACUGAUAAGAAAAAUUCCCAAGCAAAAAUCAUCAUCAUCAUCGCCAAUAGCAGUGACAGCAGACCCCCGCACCAGGGGCUAUACAGCAAAUGCAGUAGCAGUGGCAAUAUUAAAAUCUGAAUCGAUUUCGAAAAGGCGCAAAACAGUCUUAAAUCAAUUGUUUACGCGAUCGCAUCAUUAAUAAAUCUUUGCCUUUCAGUAGCAAAUCAAAAUCAAAAAAAAAAAAAUAAAUAAAAUAAAUAAUAAUAAUAAAAAACAAGACUUCACAUUUAUUUGAUUUCAAAUAAACAAUAAAGCUACGGAAAUUUUUUGAGAAUUUCCAUUGAUUAUAUACUUCGACUGUAGCCCAAAAACAACAAACAGUGAUAUAAUUUUUUAACCGAGUUUUCCAAUCAACAACGGCAACACGAGCCAUUAAAAAUGACCUCAAAAUGGAAAAUAUAUGUCUUUAUGGCAUUAUUCACAAUUCAAUUAUGCCAUGGUUUUGUUAUACCCCAAAACAAUCCGGAUUGUUUUGAUAUCAUCGACAAUGACGAUCUGUAUGCGCCCACCGAAAAAUGUUCAUGGCUUUUAAAGGCUAAGAGGGAUGUGGCAAAAUAUCGCAACUUUUUCGCUGAUUUGGUGCAAGGCGAAAAUAAAGACUAUGCCCUGGAGCUACAGGAAAUUUUCAAUUUGUUAUCACAGGCGCGAGAUGAGAGCGAUGAAAGCCGCAAGGAGGAACUGCUCAAAUAUGCCAAAUGGUUAAUGAAAUCAACAAAAAAUCUUAACAAAUUUCUUAUGAAAAAGGGCCUAUGGAAAGUUUAGAAGGAGAUGGAACGCGCGCAGAGGCGGAAAUGUAUAAAAAUGUAUUUGGUUGUUUUUUUUUUAUAGUUGUGAAUUAUUUUCCAUAGCCUAAGAAUGUUUAAGAAAAUGUAAUAAUGUUACGAGUAGUAUUAAAGCAAAGAGACCGAAAGGCAAAGCAAAGAGACAAAAAUAA